UCCCAACUCCCAACACUAACAACCAUGCAAUCAUCCAUGGACCUCGGAUUUAUCAGAACCCUCAAAGUUCUCUAACUUUUCACCUCCCUGCGACUCUGCAAUUCUCUGUCUUUCCUUUUGCUCCCUCCCUACAUCAUCUCACCUAGCACUCGCAGAGACGAAUUGAGGAGGAGGAGGAGGGUUAAAUGACUACCCCAGGGAGUAAUCGUCUGCAGCAGAUGCUGCAGUCCGCGGUGCAAUCCGUUCAAUGGACUUACAGUCUCUUCUGGAAAAUCUGCCCACAACAAGGGAUCUUAGUUUGGGGAGAUGGGUAUUACAAUGGGCCGAUAAAGACGAGGAAAACGGUGCAACCAAUGGAGGUGAGCGCCGAGGAGGCAUCACUUCAAAGGAGUCAACAGCUUAGGGAACUCUACGAGUCAUUGUCAGCCGGAGAAACCAAUCAGCCGGCUCGCCGGCCUUGUGCUGCAUUGUCGCCGGAGGACUUGACAGAGACUGAGUGGUUCUACCUUAUGUGCGUUUCCUUCUCUUUCUCACCUGGGGUUGGGUUACCAGGAAAGGCAUUUGCACGACGGCAUCAUGUGUGGCUCACCGGUGCCAACGAGGUCGAUAGCAAAACGUUUUCUAGGGCUAUUCUUGCCAAGAGCGCUCGGGUUCAGACUGUUCUAUGCAUUCCUCUCAUGGACGGAGUUGUCGAACUGGGUUUUACUGAAAGGGUACAAGAGGACCUUGGACUKAUCCAACAGGUCAAAAGCUUCUUCGUUGAACACAACCACAACCCAAAACCAGCUCUCUCCGAGCACUCGACCUCUAACCCAGCUAACUCCUCAGAGCGGUCUCGGUUCAACUCUCCUUCCCUUCCUGUCAUGUAUUCGACCGUAGACCCGCCUGUGAAAAUGAACCAAGAUAACGAGGAAGAAGAAGAAGAAGAAGAAGAAGAAGAAGAAGAAGAAGAAGACGAUGAGGACGACGACGAAGUUGAGUCAGACUCCGAAGCCCAAACGGGACCUACCAGUCACCGGAAUGCUGCGCAAGAACCUCUACGCAUAUGCGAACCGACCAGUCAGGGUGCAACAACAGCUGAAGCGGCAGCUGAGCCCAGCGAACUUAUGCAACUAGAGAUGUCGGAGGACAUUCGUAUUGGCUCGCCAGAUGAUGGGUCUAACAACCUGGACUCGGACCUACACAUGCUUGGGGUGGGCCACUCUGGAAUGCAAACUGUGCAAUCCGAUCAUCAACGCCAAGCGGAUUCCUACCGGUCCGAGUCGGCUCGUAGGUGGCCACCACAGUCGCAGGGCCAGUUUAGCAACGGUCUUCAACCACCAUCCUUGGCCCCUCAGAUGGAAGAGUUGGAACAAGAAGACAGUCACUACUCCCAAACGGUCUCCACAAUUCUCCAGCGGAAUUCCAGCCGGUGGCCGGAAAUUUCGUCGGCCGUCCACGCCGGAUGCUCGGCACAAUCCGCCUUUUCGAAGUGGAACAGCCGGAACGAUCAUCUCCUCCUCCAUCUCCCUCUAGAAGGCACGUCGCAGUGGCUCCUCAAGUACAUUCUCUUCACCGUGCCCUUCCUGCAUAACAAGUAUCGCGACGAGAACUCGCCAAAAUCCAGAGAUGGCGACACCGGGGCACGGUUCCGUAAGGGCACACCACAGGACGAGCUGAGCGCGAACCAUGUCUUAGCAGAACGGCGGCGACGCGAGAAGCUCAAUGAACGGUUCAUAAUAUUGAGAUCGCUGGUCCCGUUCGUCACCAAGAUGGAUAAGGCGUCCAUCCUGGGUGACACCAUUGAGUACGUCAAACAGCUACGGAGAAGAAUUCAGGAUCUCGAGACACGAAAUCGGCAGAUGGAGGAGAAUGAGCGACGGUCCAGAGGUGGUGGGGAAUCCCAGAAGACUAGCAGCUCGAAAGAGCAGCGGAGUGGGCCUGGGAACAGCGGGAUCACUGUACAGGAGCGGACACGGGGACUUGCCGCCGGUUCGGAUAGGAGGAAGCUGAGAAUAGUAGAAGGAACGGGCGGUGCGAAGGCUAAGGUGGUGGACGCGCUAUCGAUUGUAGGGAACACAGUUCAGGUAUCGAUCAUAGAGAGCGAUGCACUGCUGGAGUUGCAGUGCCCUUACAGGGAAGGACUUCUACUGGAUAUAAUGCAGAUGCUCCGGGAGCUCCGGUUUGAGAUCACCGCCGUCCAGUCUUCAUCUACCAACGGCAUUUUCAACGCGGAGCUACGGGCUAAGGUGAAGGAGAAUGUUAAUGGAAAGAAACCAAGUAUUGUGGAGGUGAAAAGAGCAAUACACCAAAUCAUAAAUCAAUACUGACCUUGUGUGUUUGCAGAAGUAGGAUUAUGUAACUAAGAUAAGAGAAUGAACCGUGGCUUUCCGCUGACUAACUACUGAUUCUCUCUGUGGUACUGCAACAAUGUAGUUGUCAGAUCCAUGAUGUCAAAGUGUAGUUGAAACUUGAAACUUGAAAUGCCAAAAUGUGCGCAUGUAUUAUGUAAUAUGAAAGCAAAAGCAAUUAUAUUGUUUUAUUUAUUUA